UCAUCCAUCAAGCAGUUCGCUGUAAGUUGCGAACGUUAACUAUAUACCAUGGCAUCUCCGUCUCCAUUAUUGGCGCUGUUCGUGGUUGUGCUGCUUGCUGGUAGUGCCAGCUCCACUGUUGAUGGUGCAGAUGCGCAAAGGUACAUAGUCGUAGCUACUAGUUCGCUGAAGCCAUCAGAAGUCUGCUCAGGCCAUAAAGUUACCCCGUCCAAGAACGGUUCCACGCUAGCACUGAGCCACCGUCACGGCCCGUGCUCUCCGGUCAUCUCCAAAGAGAAGCCUUCGCAUGAGGAAACGCUCCGCCGAGACCAACUCCGUGCCGCCUACAUCCAGGCAAAGGUUUCUUCUCGAUACAAUAAUGUCGCCAAAGAGCUCCAGCAGUCGGCGGUGACUAUCCCGACUAGCUCCGGCUACUCCCUGGGCACCACAGAGUACGUGAUCACCGUCACCAUCGGCACGCCCGCCGUGACCCAGGUCAUGAGCAUCGACACAGGCAGCGACGUCUCGUGGGUCCAGUGCGCGCCGUGCGCCGCGCAGUCGUGCUCCUCGCAGAAGGACAAGCUGUUCGAUCCGGCCAUGUCCGCCACGUACUCCGCCUUCUCCUGCGGCUCUGCCCAGUGCGCGCAGCUCGGCGACGAGGGCAAUGGCUGCCUGAAAUCGCAGUGCCAGUACAUCGUCAAGUACGGCGACGGCUCCAACACGGCGGGGACGUACGGCUCCGACACUCUGAGCCUCACCUCGUCCGACGCCGUCAAGAGCUUCCAGUUCGGGUGCAGCCACCGCGCGGCCGGCUUCGUGGGAGAGCUGGACGGCCUCAUGGGGCUCGGUGGCGACACGGAGUCCCUCGUGUCGCAGACGGCGGCGACCUACGGCAAAGCGUUCUCCUACUGCCUCCCGCCGCCGUCGAGCUCCGGCGGCGGGUUCCUCACCCUCGGCGCAGCAGGUGGCGCGUCGUCGUCGCGCUACUCACACACGCCCAUGGUGAGAUUCAGCGUUCCUACCUUCUACGGCGUGUUCCUCCAGGGCAUCACCGUGGCCGGGACCAUGCUCAACGUGCCGGCCUCGGUCUUCUCCGGCGCAUCCGUCGUCGACUCCGGCACCGUCAUCACGCAGCUGCCGCCCACGGCGUACCAGGCGCUACGGACGGCGUUCAAGAAAGAGAUGAAGGCGUACCCGUCGGCGGCUCCGGUGGGCAGCCUGGACACCUGCUUCGACUUCAGCGGCUUCAACACGAUCACGGUGCCCACGGUGACACUGACUUUCUCCCGUGGCGCCGCCAUGGACCUCGACAUCUCCGGCAUCCUCUACGCUGGCUGCCUCGCGUUCACGGCCACGGCCCAUGAUGGCGACACCGGAAUCUUGGGGAACGUGCAGCAGCGUACGUUCGAGAUGCUAUUCGAUGUUGGAGGCAGAACCAUUGGAUUCCGCUCUGGUGCAUGCUAAAUUUCUAGGAUGAUCGAGCCAAUAAUGUUCGCUACCUAAGAGUAUAUAUAUCGCUCUCGUCAAUCAAUAAUUUUUAAGGUAAUAUAAUGUGGUAAAAUAUAUAUAGUCCCGAAGUAAUGUAUUUCAUUGAAAUACAACCGAAUAAGCAUGAAUGAACAUUUAGAUGUUGUUUAUCAACACGGCUGUGAAAAUUUUAAUCACGAGUA